GCGCGUAUGCAACAGGAAUACCUCUCGAUAACAGCUAGCGUUGAGGUUGGUCUGGGAUAGGGACAGAUCUACACUGACGCGACACCCCCAAUUGUCGUUCCAGGACAAGUGUGAGAAGAUGCUUGGGUCAGGGAUGAGAGGUCGUGCCCUGCAGGGGGCGUGGCUAGUUCUUCACAAGCACCUGCGACAGAUACAGACAAGCGGCAUACAAGCAGCAGCGGCUGCUGAUGUCAAGCCAUUCUUCUACCAGGACAUCUUUGAACAUGAGAAGAAAGCAGAAGUCCCGUGGAAAAAAUUAUCAGGUGACAAUGUUUCAACGUUUGAUGUGAAGGGAAGAAAGGUUCUUCACAUAGAGCCUGCAGCCUUGACCUUGCUGGCUGAGACCGCCAUGAUUGACAUUUCCCAUCUCCUUCGACCCGGACAUCUCCAGCAACUGUCAAAUAUCCUGAAAGAUCCCGAGGCCUCCAUUAAUGACAGGUGUGUGGCUCUUGAAUUGUUGAAGAACGCAAAUGUUGCUGCUGGGAUGGUUCUGCCUGGUUGCCAGGAUACGGGAACAGCUAUCUGUAUCGGUAAGAAAGGUCAGUACGUGUGGACGGAGGGGAGGGAUGAGGAUGCUCUCUCCAGGGGAAUCUACAACACGUACACCAAGAGGAACCUCAGGUAUUCACAGGUGGCGCCACUGGACAUGUUUAACGAGGUCAACACCAAGACAAACCUGCCGGCCCAGAUCGAGCUGUACACCACGGACUCCUCUCAGUACGACUUCCUGUUUAUGGCCAAGGGAGGAGGCUCAGCCAACAAGACCUUCCUCUAUCAACAAACAAAAGCUUUGCUAAAUCCUGAAAGACUUAGGAAGUUUCUCGAGGAAAAGAUCAUGACAUUAGGUACAGCGGCCUGCCCUCCCUAUCAUCUGGCCAUUGUUAUCGGAGGAACGUCAGCAGAACUCGCGCUGAAAACAGUCAAGCUGGCCUCGACACGCUACCUGGACACACUCCCCGCAUCAGGCAAUGACCAUGGCCGAGCUUUCCGCGACCUUGAACUUGAGCAGCAAAUCCACAAACUGACACAGAAAAUGGGGAUUGGGGCACAGUUUGGAGGCAAAUAUUUCUGUCACGAUGUCCGAGUCAUUCGCCUACCGAGACACGGAGCUUCCUGUCCUGUUGGUAUCGGGGUGUCGUGUGCAGCAGACAGACAGGCUCUUGGCAAAAUAACAGAAGAGGGCGUGUUUCUAGAACAGCUUGAGACUGAUCCCAUCAAGUACCUUCCAGAGGUUGAGCCAAAGGACCUUGGAGGCGAGGUCGUGCAGGUGAAUCUGAACCGACCAAUGAGUGAAGUGCUGCAACAACUUGACCAGUAUCCAAUCAGAACUCGCCUGACUCUGACGGGGACGCUGGUGGUUGCGCGGGACAUCGCCCACGCUAAGCUGCAGGAGAGGUUAGACAAGGGGGAAGAGAUGCCGCAGUAUAUGAAGGAUCACCCAGUCUACUACGCCGGUCCUGCCAAAACACCAAAAGGAUAUGCAAGUGGAUCGUUUGGGCCGACAUCAGCACUCAGGAUGGACUCGUAUGUGAACGCUUUCCAAGCUGCAGGGGGCAGCAAGGUCAUGUUGGCCAAGGGCCACCGCAGUCGCGAGGUAACCAAAGCAUGCAAGAGCCACGGUGGGUUCUACCUGGGAUCCAUCGGGGGUCCAGCAGCCAUCUUGGCCGAGAACUGCAUCAAGAAAGUUGAAGUCCUGGAAUAUCCUGAACAUGGUAUGGAGGCAAUAUGGCGGGUGGAGGUGGAGAAUUUCCCAGCAUUCAUUGUGGUGGACAAUAAAGGAAAUGACUUUUUCCAGGAAUGGCAGUUUGAGUAACGUGACAUACACUCUGUGAAGCUGGAUACUUGUGGAGAAGGCUGGUACAUGAAUUCAUGCUCCACACAUCUUCCGGAGGCAAGGGAAUUAACUGGCUGUAAAAGUCCAGUUUCCACCCUUGCCAAACUAGGCUGCAGUUAUGGAGUCAAAUUUCGGCUGGGCUAAUGAGUCUAUGCAUAGUCCAAUCAAAAUCGCUAAACGAAAUCAACAUCCGGUUCGUUAACAACAUGGAUUUGCAAUUGAUGUGUACCGUCAACUGGGCGAUGACAUAUUUUCCAAAUCUUUUCAUGUUUUUAAUCAAUGUGCUCACUUGAUUUGAUGCACUUCGCGAGGUAAGACUCGUUUUAUUACCUUGAUAUAUCUUGAUCAUCAAUCAGACCGUCUUAACUGGGUGCCGCCAUUUUGUUUUAAGCAAAUGCAAGUGACAUGAGAGGUCAAAUCUAAAUGGUCAAGAAGCAGGUAAUAGAAGGGACGUGAUUCAUAAUAGCCACUGGUGUCGCUAUGAUCAAGCCCAGAAAUUCCAGCCUAGUUUGGCAAAGGUGGAAACUGGACUUUUAGAGUCAGUUAACUCCCUUGCCUCGGGAAGAUGUGCUUCGCAAGGGAGGAUAAUUAAUGAAUACCUCAUAACUAAGGAUACUAAGAAAUACUUUGAGAAGCAGGAUACUUACAAUACGGUACAAUUUUCAUAAAGUAUGGUACUUCAUGAAUACUUUGAUUCUUCAUGAAUACUUCACAAUGAUUCUUCAUGAAUACUUCACAAGGAUUUUUCAUGAAAUUUUCGUAAGGAUUCUUCAUGAAUAUUUGAUAAAGAAUGAUGUAAAAAACUGGCCAGGUUUGUGAUACUGUUGACUGUUAUGUGUGAAUGAUCAGUGAUCAUGUAGAAUGAAACAUGUAUAUUGUUGUUCAAAUACAAAGUGUACCUAUCUA